AUGUCUACGCAGUGGAAUCAAUUUGUUGAUGAUGAUGGGGUAUGGAAAGCCCGCGCCUCAGCAACGAUCCAACAGCUUCAAGCCGCCGUGUCCCAUCUUCUUCGCCAGAACGGUCUCCCAGAGCUCUCGACAUACGCAAUUGGCGACAGCCCGAACGGCCCUUCCCCAGCCGCACCUGCAUAUCAUGUUGGAACCCGUCCUUUGAUAAAUGAUUCGCCUCCGGAUGUGAAACCCGACGGUCCGGGGCUUGUCGUGACACGCGAACCUUCACAGGAACCAGACCUACAAGACCGAGAAUUGGUGCCAGCACCGAUGCGCAGUCUAUACGAAGUAACGAAACUGCGCGACCUGCGGCACAACCAUAUCGAGCAACCCAAGUCGACGCUUCUAGAAGAAGACUUUCUUUCUCGAGGGGUUAUAUCGCUCCAAGAGGCAGAGGAGCUCUUCGCGUAUUUCAGCCGAACGAUGAAUCAGCUACUAUGGGGCGGCAUCAUUCUAGUCCAUCGCGACCUCACUUCGGUACGGCGAGCAUCCAGCCUACUAGCGGCUGCGGUUCUCACUGUCGCAGCGCUGCACAUUCCCAACCGCACUGAAACGUUGAAUCGGUGCUAUAACGAGUAUGUGUCGUUGGUCUCAAACAUGUCCUUGACGCGAGCGCAUACUCUAGACGACGUUCGGGCGCUCUGCGUCGGAGCGUUUUGGCUGUCGGAGCUGAGCUGGAAGCUUUCUGGUCAUGCAGUGCGAAUCGCUACAGAGUUGGGUCUGCACCAGAGCUAUCAAAAGAUGAUUCGCGGCCACAGCGAUCAGUAUGAGAGAGCCCAGUUGUGGUAUUUGCUUUAUGUUUGCGAUCAUCAUUUCAGUAUAGCUUACGGACGACCACCAGUUAUCCAUGAGGAUCUGGCAAUCAAGAACUACGAAACCUUUCUCCAGGCGCCAAUGGUAGUUCCUGGAGAUAUUCGGUUGCUAGCCCAAGUAGCUCUGUUCAUGAUACUGACAGAGGCAUAUCGGACGUUCGGGAGUGAUACCGAGCAAGCCCUGACAGAAGAGGAUUUCGGUCAACUACGUGUUUUCAAUGUCGCUAUCGAUCAAUGGCGACUUCUAUGGCAACCACGAUCUGCCGACAGUCCUUACGUCCGAACAUACCCUUCGAAAGGUGUGGUCCUGCAUUACCACUUCGCCAAAUUCCAGCUCAACUCUCUCUCCCUCCGCGCCCUAUCCCCCACCAACACACCCGUUUUCUCAAUGGACCGCAAGGAAUCAGCCAACAUCGCCAUAUCAUCAGCCAUGGCAUGCCUAAACAUGGUGCUAGAGGAACAGGAUAUCCGGGAUGCCAUCGUUGGAGUCCCAAUAUUCACCCACACCAUGGUCACUUUCUCAGCCCUCUUUCUGCUCAAGGUCGCAGUCAACUGGAACUCGGCGUAUCUAAGUCUGGAUAGCGGACUGGUGCGGAGUCUAGUAGAGCGGGUAAUUGAGCUCUUGAACUGCGUCUCUGCAGGCGAGAGACAUUUGACUAGACACAUCGCCCGUGGGCUGAGCAAGAUGCUGGAGCGCUUCGACUCGUGGGAUAUAUCCAAUGGGGUGUCCGCAGGGGCCAUGGGUGAACGGCCGGGGAGCGGUGUUCCUGGAGGCGCGAACGCAAUGGCGCAGGGGUUUCCGCCGCCAGAUCUGAUCUAUGAUAUGGUGGGGACGUAUGGGUUUGGGCUUGAUGAGAACCUGCUCGAUCCUAGUAUGGCCAAUUUUGAAUACCUAGCGCAGUGA